AUGAGCCAGCACGAAUACAAGUUCGAAGUCGUCAUGACGUGCUCCGGCUGCUCGGGGGCCGUUUCGAGGGUGCUUUCCAAGCUUGACGGAGUGGAUAGCUACGAUGUCUCGCUCGAGAACCAGACGGUCGUAGUCAAGGGCAGCGCGCCAUACGAGACCGUGCUGGAGAAGAUCAAAAAGACAGGCAAGGAAGUCAAGAGCGGCCAAGUCGUGCAGUAG